GGCAAAGGUACCGUUUUCGAGGCGGCCAUCUAUGCAGGUUUGAAACGAGUAUCCUGGGCAAUGGCGCAUAUUUGGAUAACAUUUGCUUGUUACUACGGAUACGGAGGUAUGGUUGAUGUAUUUCUAUCACAUCCGUUAUGGCAGCCCUUAGGACGUUUAUCCUAUGCUAUGUACAUGAUGCAUAUGCCAAUAUUACGUAUGAAUUUAGGACUAGCACGUACAGAGAUAUAUUUUUCAGUUUAUAAUUCGAUUUUAUGUUUUUGGAGUGUAGUUGGGAUGACAGUGCUUUAUUCAGUUUAUGUGACAUUGCUUUUUGAAUCACCAAUCUUAGCACUGGAAAAAGUUAUUUUUAGCAGAAAGAAAACAGUGAAAAAGGAUAACGCAGUACAGACACAAGCACAGGCACCACCAAUUUUAAAUGUUGUCGUCGAUUCACUGGAGAAUAAUUCAAAAGCACCGAACAAAGAAAUUUAAAUGAUAUAUGUAUAUUUAUUUUACAAAAUAACUUUAU